AUGUCUGCGGAAAAAGUGCCUAUCGAGGCAAAGGACGGGGACGUCGAUUUGUCCAAUUCGGCGGUUGCAAGCUCCCACCUCACAAUCGACCCCGUUGCAGAGAAGAAGUUGCUGAGGAAACUGGAUGCGUGGCUUGCCCCGAUGAUGAUUAUAUGUUUUUUGGUCGCAUACUUGGAUCGCAGCAACAUUGGCAAUGCCGCAAUUGCCGGCAUGAAUGAAGACUUAAACUUGACUGGCAACAAACUCAACGUUGCUGUCACAGUCUUCUACGUAACAUACAUCACAUUCGAAAUCCCCGCGUCUUUAAUACUUAAGAAAGCCCGCCCCAGCAGGCUCAUCCCCUUUUUCAUCCUCUCAUGGAGCGCAACAGUUGUCGGCUCCGCCUUCGUAACUAACUACGCCGGCCUCCUUGGGACCCGUUUGGCGAUUGGGGCAUUCGAAUCAGGCCUCUUUCCUUGUCUUACGCUUUAUCUCAGUACAUUCUACAAACGCGAGGAACAAGCCCGUCGAAUUUCAUACCUUUUUGUGGCCGCUGCGCUAUCGGGUGCCUUCGGCGGCCUCCUCGCCUUCGGUCUUACCAGUCUCCAUGGUGCGAGCGGCUUGGCAGGCUGGAGAUGGCUUUUCCUCAUCGAGGGCGUAAUCUCCCUUGCUGUUGGUUUCGCUGUCAUCGUGCUUCUUCCCGACAGCUUUGAGACUGCAAAGUGGCUUACGGAAGAAGACAAAAAUUUGAUGCGAAUUCGUGCAGAGCAGGCAAGAGUAUACCAGGGCGAGUCCGAGAGCUUUGAUAAAACUGAGGUAAAGCUUGCUUUUAAGGACCCCAAGGUCUGGUUAUCCGCAGGAUGCCAGUUCUGCGCAAACACAUGUUCCUUCGGCUUUGGCACCUUUUUGCCUGUGAUCAUUCGCGGCUUUGGAUACAGCAGCAUUAAGACGCAGCUUCUUACCGUACCUGUUUACAUCUGGGCAUCGGCUGUCUACCUCACGAUUGCGUAUAUCUCCGACAAACUCAAUAAGCGUGCCGUCUUCAUGGUUCCCAUGGCUCUAAUCACCGCAACUGGAUACGCCUUGAUGCUUGGGGUUAGCAUGAAGGCUACCAGCGUUCAAUACUUCGCAACGUUCGUCACAGCUACUGGCAUUUACUGUGUUGUUGGCCUUAACGUGACGUGGAUAAGCAACAGCAACGCUGGAUACUUCAAGCGCGCAACGGCUAUUGGCCUACAACAGACGAUUGGAAACAGUGCUGGGCUCAUGGCUGGCCAAAUCUACCGUAUCACUGCCUCCGACGGAAGGUAUACCAUCGGGCAUGCAGUAUCGCUAGGCACUAUUACCGUCGCAUCAGUCGGGUACUUUACCAUGUGGAGUCUGUUGAACAAAAUCAACAACAGGAGGGAUGCUAUGAGCAUCGAUGAGAGAGUACGGGAGAUUGACCAAGGCAAGAAGGGUGACAGGCAUCCUGACUUCCGAUACACGCUGUAG